AAUUAACAAAACCAGAUACAGGCGUCAUUUACAUUCUAAAUUUGUUUCACUUGUAAACUGACAAACAACUAUAGGUGUCCAUGAUGGACUUGGAAAACCAAUCCGUAAAAGUUGAGGGGGGUGUAGACGACGGAGCCAGACGAAAUGCUUUAAGAAAGGAGCUGAUUACAACAUUUUUUGAUGGCGUUACAACCCCGUAUGAAGGCUUCCUUCGAACUGUUCAAAACUCAGGCGAUCAGCCAUGUUUGGGAACAAGAGGGGGACCUGAUAACAAGUAUCAGUGGAUCACAUAUAAAGAGGUAAACGACCGCGCCACUAACUUUGGUUCAGGCUUGGUACAUCUUGGUUGUGAACCUUCUCAAAAUACAUUUGUUGGAAUCUAUGGUCCUAAUUGUGUUGAGUGGGACUUAGCAGACUUGGCUUGUCAGAUGUAUUCCAUGAUUUCUGUGCCAAUUUACGAUACACAUGGACCAGAAGGCUGCGUUUAUAUCCUUAACCAUGCGGAUAUAGAGACGAUUAUUUGCAACGGUAAUAAGUUGCGAUUCAUUUUCGACAAUGCCAAAGAAUGUGAGAAGGUAAAAAGGAUCGUUAAGAUGGACAAGCCUGUAACAGAGGAAGAGAAAAAAGAAGCUGAUUCCCUUGGAAUUUCUUUGUUAUAUAUCGUGGAAGUAGAGCAAAUGGGUUCUAACAAUCCUCAAGAGAGAAAGCCUGGGAGACCUGAGGACACCAUGACUGUCUGCUAUACAAGUGGAACAACGGGUACGCCGAAGGGUGCCAUGUUAAGUCAUGGAAAUGUAAAUGCUGGGGUCGCAGGAAUUCAAGUCCAUUAUGAGGAAUCUGGUCUCCAGAUGAUAGAAGGAGACUGUAUGAUCUCCUAUCUUCCACUGGCUCACGUGUAUGAGCGACUGGCUCAGGCAAUGUGCUUUUUAAAUGGAGUGAAAAUUGGUUUCUUUAGGGGUGACGUAAAACUUCUGCUGGAUGAUAUUCAAGAACUAAAGCCAACGAUUUUCCCCUCUGUACCAAGACUGCUCACUAGAGUUUAUGACAAGGUGAUGGCACAAGUUUCCCAGAGCAAACUCAAAGGCUGGCUUUUUAACAAAGCACUUGCAUCUAAAGAGGCCGGUUUAAAAAAGGGAAGAGUCAGAGGUGAUACAGUUUGGGAUCGCACUGUGUUCAAGAGAAUAAAGAUGGCCCUUGGUGGAAAUGUUCGGCUGAUUGUUACUGGAGCUGCUCCCCUGUCGGCUAAAGUAAUGAUGUUCCUAAGAUGCACUAUGGGAGUUUGUUGUGUCGUAGAAGGCUAUGGACAAACUGAAAGUACUGCAGCAGCAACUAUUACUUUCCCGAGGGACACGUCUGUUGGUCACGUGGGAGCACCUCUUCCCUGUAAUCUCAUCAAGUUGGUAGACGUCCCAGAAAAGGAGUGUUACGCAAAAGACGGUAAAGGAGAGAUCUGUAUAAAGGGACCGACGGUCUUCCAAGGCUACUUGAAAGCUCCGGAGAAAACUGCCGAGACAAUUGACAAGGAUCAGUGGCUCCACACCGGAGAUAUCGGAGAAUGGCUUCCGAAUGGAACCUUGAAGAUAUUUGAUCGUGUCAAGCAUAUCUUUAAGCUUGCCCAGGGUGAAUACGUUGCUCCGGAGAAAAUCGAAAAUAUUUACCUGCGCAGUACUUUAGUAGCCCAAGCGUUUGUACACGGAGAUAGCUUACGGUCAUUUGUAGUGGCAAUCAUCGUUCCAGAUCAGGAGGUGUUGGAACCUUGGGCACGAUCUAAAAAUAUCCAUGGAGACUUUGCAGAGUUGUGUGAGAACGAAGAGGUAAAAAAAGCAGUUAUGGAGGACAUGACUAAGAAAGGCAAGGAGGGCAAGUUGAGCUCCUUUGAACAGGUUAAAGAAAUCCACUUACACAACGAAUUGUUUUCCGUCGAAAACGGAUUUCUGACGCCAACUUUCAAGACUAAACGAGCGCUGGUUGCCAAAGCUUUCGAGCAAAAGUUCCAAGAGCUGUAUGAAAAAGUCGACAAGAGGAUGCAGUUUAUGCGUUCAACAAGUUUUGAAAUUCAGCAAGUUGUUUAGUUAAAGAAGUCAGAGUACGCAAAGCUUUUUCAAGUCAUUCUGUCGAUUUAGGGCUCUGUUUUAAGCCUUACCAAUGUUCUGCGCUCCUAAAACACCGUGAAUUGCUGGCUUGAAUGAUUAUUUGUAACUCGUGUGAAACAACAUGGUUCUGACAGCCUGAAAAAACGCCCCACAGUCACUAAAACGUUUGCAUAUGCGCAGACGCUUGAUUGCUAUGUUCCUCGUAUGUAAACUGUCAAUCUGAUGACUGCAGUUAGAAAGCAGUUUAUUUUAAACCAUAUCCCAACUGCCUUUUAUCCUUGUAUUACUCAGAGUAUCUAAUCACAGAAACACAUCUUUAACUAUCAACUAUUAAUUGAUAAAUAAUAGUAAUUGAACUGAGUGAAGUACAAUUUGGGCGGAAAUCACAAGUAUGAUUUCAGACCAAAAUUGCAUGACACGAGGUUUAAUAACCACUGUAUUACAUCCAUUUUGAAAUCGCCCAAAUACAAGACUCGGUCAUUUCAAAUAUUUUAUUGAUACAGUACUGAGCCGGUUUGAAAUUAGAUUCAUCCAUUUUUGGGGGGAAAAAAAUAAGAGUUUUGGAAACAAAAGUUGCAAAAUUUGCCACAUGAUACUCUUUGCCUUUCAUUUUGCUGCAAUUUGAUUGGUUCCUUUAAACCUUAAAAUCUGAUCGGUAGUUUUGUUUUUAGUG